AUGACUCGUGGCAAACAAGAAAACGUCGCCCUUCACAAACCUGCUUACCAAACAAACCCAUAUAGGAAAGAUAAUGAUUCCUUUGACGCUAGCAAUGCAGUCGAUGGUCUUAAAUCAAACCUAGCUUGGAGCGGAGGUCAAUGUGCUGUAUCAGCCCUUGAAAAAGAAACUGCCACCUUGUGGGUUGACCUUGGCAGUAUUUACAGCAUCCACCACAUCACACUUUAUUACAGGACGGAUAACACAGAUUGGGAUUACAGAAACGACGCAACGUCCAGUUUUCUUGGAUUUUCGUUGUAUGUGUCCAAUACAACAAACAGAUUACAAGGGACAUUGUGUUUUAAGGAUGAUCAUUUCAAUAAAAGCACCAUACCUGCAGUAUUUAAUACUACGUGUCCGGUACAAGGACAACAUGUCAUCUACUACAACGAGAGACUAAAAGGGGUUACAUAUCCUAGCGAUUAUAACAAAAAUGCCGAAAAUGAUUUAUGUGAAGUCGAGGUGUAUGGUAAGGACCAUUCACGUAAACCAUUCUCUUAUCAAUACAAUGAUUGCACUUAA